CGGCAGCGACAGCGACAGCGACACUACUGGCACUGAGAGCGAGCCUGAGAGCCCACCGCAAGAGGGGCCCGUUAACGAUGCAUUGGCUAUCGAGAAGGCAGAGACACAACACUCGCGUGGCAUCACCCCGGCUCUGUCCAAGAUCAACACCCAGCGAUCGAGACGCAGGAGUAGUGCCGUCCCACAGCCUGCGGUUGGCUUUUGGCACUGGCAGAUGGUAAGAUCUGCUCAGGUUCAGAUAUCGUCAAGCUGACCCGCCAGGCUGGCGUGCGACUACAUGUGCUCAAGCUGUGGCUUCGAACGAACCUCAUCCUGGCAGUCGCCAUCAUGGCUCUCCUGUGCCUCUUCUGGGGCGCCCUAUUCCGCCAAACCGACAACGUGAAGCACCUCAGGAUCCUCGUGGUCGACUUCGACGGCCAAAUCGCGCCAUACACUGACGUGACUCCAUUCGUUGGCCCUUUUGUCACCAGAGCGAUCCACAAUAUGACAGCAGCAGGCGGCAGCAUGCCGACGUACACCCUCAUAUCGCCCGAGGACUUUGACAACGACCCACUCAAAGUUCGAGAAGCCGUGUAUGACAUGCACGUCUGGGCUGCAGUAGUCAUCAACGCCAAUGCGACUGCGCUCUUGGACUCCGCCAUCAGACAGGGCAACGCUAGCUACGAUCCCGCUGGAGCGUGUCAGGUCAUCUACAGCACAGCCCGUGACCAGACAGUAGCAUCAUCGGACAUUGUCCCAAGCCUGACUACGCUCCAGAAACGUGUCGUCUCCACAUUUGGUGCUUCAUGGAUCCUCCAUCUCCAAGACGACUUGCCAAAUCUCCGCAUCAAUGACGCGCCGCACGCAUUGUCCCCUGGCAUCGAAUUCACAACCUACGACUUGCGUCCCUUUGGCCCGCCAAUCGCCACACCCGCAGUCAGCAUCGGCCUGAUUUACCUGAUCAUCAUCUCCUUCUUCAGCUUUACCUUCUUCCUGCCGAUCCACAUGAAGUACCUCUCGCCAAAGGGCCAUCCACCGCUCCUCUUCCACCACCUCAUCGCCUGGCGCUACAUCGCCACCGUCAUGAGCUACUUCUUCCUCUCCCUGGUAUACAGCUUCGUCAGCCUGGCGUUCCUCAUGCCCAUGUCCAAUCAGCCAGCAAGUCACGUCUGGCCAGCCAAUAACGCCAAUGCAUACAGGCACGGUACAUUCGUCGUGUACUGGAUGGGCAACUGGGUGGGCAUGAUUGCGUUCGGCCUGGCGAGCGAGAACAUGGCCAUGCUGCUCGGCACGCCCUGGACCGCACUCUGGCUCAUCUUCUGGGUCAUCAGCAACGUCGCGACGGGCUUCUACGCGCUCGAUCUCGCGCCAGGCUUCUACAAGUGGGGCUAUGCGUGGCCAAUGCACAACAUCGUUGAGCUCACACGCUCCACGCUGUUCGACCUCCAGCAAUCCCAUGUCGGCCGCAACUUCGGCGUCCUAUUCGCGUGGGUCGCCAUCGACACCCUCCUUUUCCCCGCGUGCUGCUACUUCAUGCGCUGGAACACUGCGCGAGCGAAGCGCAACGCUGCAAAGGCCGAGGCGGAUUGGCAUGCGAAGAUGGACAGAGCGCGGGCGGAGCCGAGUCUUAUGGCACGCGUCACCACACUGGGCAGCCGCAGGGAUGGCGGUGCAGGACGGGGGGAACGCGAAAUGACGGCCUGAGACGCGACGUGCUGGUUUCAAACAUGCUAAUCACCUUGAACUACGAGUCGAACAUAGCUGCAUACAAACAAUGGCGUAAAUCCACCAUUCAAACCACGCAUGUUUGCCCGUCCCACCGAACCCGACCAAGCCGCGUGUCGUGACCCACUGUCCGCUGACGAAAGUCCUAUGGCAUCUCGAAGCAC